UUAAAAAAAAUAACUUCACUCGGAAGGGUUUUGAAAUCUCUCUCAUCGGAAGGGUUUUGAAAUCUCUCUCAUCGGAAGGGUUUUGGAAAUGAAUUCACUCCGGCGAGUAUGGUGUUCGUCGAACUCGGCGCUACUCCGUCUCCGAUAUCGAAAUAGUAGCUAUUAUUAUUCCACCACCACCACCACCACCGCUCGCAAAUCCAAAUCCAAGUUUUCAAAACCCACCGAGGUUCCAUUUCAACCCAAACUCGCCAACUCCGUCAACCUAAUCGGCUCCGUCAACAAGCCGGUUCAGUUCGAAACUUCUCCCGACGGUAACCCCUUCGCCGCCACCGUUAUCUCCAGUCUCGACCAUAAUCCUUCUUCCCUAUUGAUUCCCGUUAUAUUUCAAGGCGAUUUAGCUCAUACCGCUAACUUUCAUCUCAAACAAAACGAUGUUGUUCAUGUUGUUGGACAAAUCAGUACUGAUCCCAAACAUUCUAAACCUCAGUUCCAGUUUCAGGUUAUGGCACAAAGUCUUAACUUUGUUCAAGGUUAUCCUCUUGUGAAGAAGGCUUCUUUAACUUCUAACCAAAAAUUAGAUUCUUCUUCUGAAAGAGAGGAUGAAGAAAUCAAGUUAUCGGAGAAGGAUGUCAAUUCCGAGCAAACCGAGGAACGUGACAAAAGGAAAUCCUGGAAGGAUGUCCUUAAUAAAUCUAGUAGAUGGGAGGUUGUUCAUUCAACAAAGGAAAGUCCAAAAGGUGCAGUGCUCGAAAGCAAGACGGAUGGUGAAAUACAACCUGAACUGAAACAAACAAUAACCACCGAAAAGAAAUACCCCGACUCUUUGUCAAAUUCUUGGGGCUACCUACUAAAUGAUCCAAAACAGUGGUUGGAUUUCCGUGAUAGCAAACGCAGUGGAUUGGUGAAUCCAAGGUACCCUGAUUUCAAGCGCAAGGAUGGCAGUGUUCCCAUCUGGAUUGACAAGGCUCCAAAGUGGGUUCUGUCUAAACUAGAAGAACUGGAAUUUGACGUUCCAGCUGUUAAACCCAAACAAUCAAAGGAUAGUAAAGGUGUUGAGUCCUGGAAUGAUUUGGUGCAAAAUCCAGCUAAAUGGUGGGAUAAUAGAUUAGAAAAGAGGAAUGCAAGAGGUCCAGAUUUCAAGCACAAAGAUACUGGUGUAGGGCUGUGGCUUAUAGAUUCACCAAGUUGGGUGUUACCAAAAUUGCCACCCGUGAAGCCUAAACAAGAAAGUGCUCAAACUAGCUGAAAACAAACACCAGUUUCACGAGCAUUAGAAAAAGAAACAGAAAUUGAAGUCAUUUGCGAAGUUGGAUAUAUCUUUUUUGCCAGUUCUCUAUGUUUCCCCUCCAUGUAUACUUAAAAAUCAUAGCAACUCAGCAUUUGGCUUAUGUUUUUUUUUAUAUUAGCUACAUCUCUUGUGCACAUAUGGUUUCAUCAGAAUUUUUGUUAUUUCUGAGUAUUAUUUAAUUUUAUGAAGGAAAGGAUAGUUCUCAGUAGUUUGGUGAACCUGCGGCGCUGUAGUACUGGUAU